AACUCAACAACCGGCGGAGAGACGUGAGAGAAAUAUAUAGGAUAGAAGGAAAUGUGGAAAAGAUGGAGUAUUGGAGGACAGGGGAUGAAACAGAAAGUGGUGAAACAAGGAAGACGAGAGUACUCGUCUAAAACCAAAGAUUUUCCAACACUGAAAGGUCACCCUGCUGCUCAAAUUCAAGCUGAGGAAACAGUGGAAUCUCAAAGGAGAAUACAACACUCCACCGAAGCUCGACUUCCGGCUCAAUCUCUCAAGAAAGAAUUCCAAAUUUACCGUUGGAACCCCGACUUGCCCAACCAGAAACCCUUUCUCCGCUCCUAUUUCGUCGACCUAUCUUCAUGUGGCCCCAUGGUUUUGGAUGCAUUACAAAAGAUAAAAGCAGAGGAAGACUCAAGUUUAAGCUACAGAAGAUCAUGCAGGGAAGGAAUUUGUGGUUCAUGUUCAAUGAAUAUAGAUGGCCUUAAUACUGUGGCUUGCCUUAAACCCAUUGAUUCGGAUGCUUCAAAGCCUACCACUAUCACUCCCCUUCCGCACAUGUUCGUUAUCAAAGACCUCGUCGUCGAUCUUACCAAUUUCUAUAACCAAUACAAGUCAAUUGAGCCAUGGUUGAAGACGAAGAAGAGACCAGAAGAUGGGUUAGAGUAUAGGCAAUCGCCUCAAGACAGGAAGAAGCUUGAUGGGUUGUACGAGUGCAUAUUAUGUGCUUGUUGCACCACUUCAUGCCCUGCAUAUUGGUGGAAUCCAGAGAAGUUCUUGGGUCCGGCAGCUUUGAUAAAUGCAUAUCGAUGGAUGUCUGACAGUAGAGACGAUUAUACAGAAGAGAGGUUACAAUCUAUAACUGAUGAUCACGAUAAACUAUUUAGGUGCAGGGUUGUGAGGAAUUGUACUGCAGCAUGUCCUAAGAGCUUAGACCCCGCUUCUGCCAUUAACAAAAUGAAGACUAAACGUAUGCUUUCUCGGUUUGUGGAGAAGUAGUAUGAAAGAAUGUCCAUUAUCAUAGUUUGUAUUAAAUGUUUGUGCUUGUUUCUAACCACCUAUUUAUUUAGAUGUUUCAUGGUUGUUAGAGUAGUA